ACGUAGUUUGGUCACUGAUAUUUUCUCUUGUGACUGGUUCUUGUAUUGCUGUAACGAACAACGAUGUCCAAAGGACGGUUCUAUUGAAGCCUCAUAUUUCCACUCAAAAUCUCUACAGCCAAAUCAGGUGCAAUCUAAUUUUCUAUCUUCUGUUAAUAAAAAACUGUAUGAAUACUGAGCCAAAGCUUUCACUUUUCUGUUUAUCUUACACACAAAGUAGAAACUACUGUGCAGAGUCUUCCCUAAGAGUUUAUAACAUGUUUUAUAGUUCUUUAACUGACAUUUGCAUUCUGGGAUUUCUUAUUUUCUGCUAAAUUAUAUAGAAAAUGCAAGUUUUGAGUAUGUGGCCAUCGAAAGGUGGCUUAUCCAUGGUGCCCCAAUUGGAUUUUGAACUGGGUUCUCAUUAUUUUCCUAGCAUUAGGAGGGAAAAAAGAUGGGGUCUUGUUGAUAUAGCUUUUCAUGGUAAAACUUCUGGUCUUUUAAUGGUUUCUAGCAAUUCAAGGUAUGAUAGAAAUGGAACUUGUGUAAACUCAAGUGGUUUUCUCUCCAAUUGUAGUAAGUUAAAAUUUGCUCUCUUUUGUGAGCCAAAGAAAGGAUCUUCUGGGUCAUCUGUUGCUAUGGCUUCUGCAUUGGAGCAACAACAGAUUGGGAAUAAGUUUCAUGGGGGAGAAUCUAGUUUAGAUGAUGGGUUUCCGGGGAAGAGUGAAAUGGUUAAUAUUGAUUCUCAUAAUUUAAAUAGACUAGAAAAUAGUGAUGAUGAUAAUUGUAACCUGGAAGAAAAUAGCCAUUUAGAUUUUGGAAGUGAGGAAGAAGUUAGGGAAGAGAAGGAUACGAGAAUUGAUGUUCGUGCGCUAGCCUUGAGCUUGCAUUCUGCUGAAUCGGCAGAUGAUGUUGAAGAGGUUCUCAAGGACAAGGGUGAAUUGCCUCUUCAAGUUUAUUCAUCCAUGAUCAAGGGUUUUGGCUGGGACAAGAAAAUGGCAUCUGCAUUUGCUCUUGUUGAGUGGCUCAAAAGAAAGAAGGAAACAGGCAGUAUUAUUGGUCCAAACCUGUUUAUUUAUAAUAGUUUAUUGAGUGCAUUAAAACAGUCUGAGCAACAUGAAGAAACAGAGAAAAUUUUGAAUGAUAUGGCUCAAGAGGGAAUUUUUCCUAAUGUGGUAACUUAUAACACUUUGAUGGGCAUUUAUGUGGAGCAAGGGCAACCUACUAAGGCCCUUGAUAUUCUUGAGGAGAUACAUAAGAACGGUUUUACUCCAUCUGCUGCAUCCUAUUCUACUGCUUUGCUAGCUUAUCGAAAAAUGGAAGAUGGGAAUGGAGCUUUGGCGUUUUAUGUAGAUAUAAAAGAGAAAUAUAAGAAAGGUGAGAUAGGAAAAGAUUCUGAUGAAAAUUGGGAAAAAGAAUUCGUUAAGCUUGAGAAUUUCAUAAUUCGUAUUUGCUACCAAGUGAUGCGGAGGUGGCUUGUGAGGCAUGAUAACUUUAGCAUCAAUGUUUUGAAACUUCUGACAGACAUGGAUAAGGCUGGACUUAAGCCUGGUCGGGCAGAUUAUGAGCGUCUUUUAUGGGCUUGUACCCGUGAAGAGCAUUAUAUCGUUGCAAAAGAAUUGUACAGUAGGAUCAGAGAAAGGUAUUCUGAAAUAAGUCUAUCAGUCUGCAACCAUGUCAUUUGGUUGAUGGGAAAGGCUAAGAAAUGGUGGGCAGCAUUGGAGAUUUAUGAGGAUUUGUUGGACAAAGGACCAAGACCAAAUAAUUUGUCACAUGAAUUGAUCGUCUCUCAUUUUAACGUUUUACUUACUGCAGCUAGGAAACGAGGAAUUUGGAGAUGGGGUGUUAGGUUAUUAAACAAGAUGGAAGAUAAAGGCCUUAAGCCAGGAAGUAGGGAGUGGAAUGCAGUUCUCGUUGCCUGUUCCAAGGCUUCAGAAACUUCGGCUGCUAUACAGAUAUUUAGCAGAAUGAUUGAACAAGGUGAAAAGCCUACAAUUAUUUCGUAUGGUGCAUUGCUCAGUGCCCUUGAAAAAGGAAAACUCUACAAUGAGGCUGUACGUGUGUGGGAACAUAUGCUUAAGGUGGGUGUGAAGCCUAAUGUGUAUGCAUACACUAUUAUGGCUUCAGUUUAUGCUGGACAAGGAAAGUUUGGACAUGUUGAUGCUAUAAUUCAUGAAAUGACUUCAUCUAGCAUUGAGCCAACAAUUAUCACAUAUAAUGCAAUAAUCAGUGGAUGUGUGCAGAAUAGUAUGAGUGGGGCAGCAUAUGAGUGGUUUCACCGUAUGAAAGUGCAGAACAUCUCACCGAAUAAGAUUACAUAUGAAAUGCUGAUUGAGGCUCUUGCAAAAGAUGGUAAACCUAGGAUUGCAUAUGAGUUGUACUUGAGAGCUCAAAAUGAGGGCCUUGACCUCUCGGCAAAAGUUUAUGAUGCAGUUGUUCAUUCCUCACACAUUUUUGGAGCUACUGUUGACAUAAAUGUUUUAGGACCUCGGCCGCCAGACAAAAAGAAGAAAGUGCAAAUCAGGAAAACAUUGACUGAGUUCUGCAAUUUAGCAGAUGUUCCUAGGAGAAGUAAACCAUUUGAUCGAACGGAGAUUUAUCCUGCACAUUUACAGAAGGAAAAUAAUGAUUAAUUUAACUACAAACUUUGUGUCUUUGUAUCAUACUGUAUUCUUUUGUAUCUUUGUGUAUUUGCUUUGUAGGCAACUGCAAUGCAGUGCCAGUUUUAGGAAUGAUUUGUUUACUUAUAUGUAAAGUUAUACAAACUUGAUUACUGGACAGAAUGUUGCUUGGAAGUAUACUUCUCCUUUUCACUA